CGGAUUUUGUGUUGAAGGAGAUGCGUUUCAAAAUGUAAGGAAUGCAAUCGAAAGGUAUUUUCCUGCAGUCUCAUUCACGACAAGAUGGGGAAGGCGUUCACUCAUUUCUGUGACUAUCUACAUGGUUUCUGGAGAUGCAGGUGCCUACAGAGGAUGCCCUUUCACUGACUGGAUAGAGGCAAUUGGGUUUUAGGAUGCGCUCCCUGAGGAAGACGGUGUUGCUCGCCAUUCUGGUGUCUGUGGUGCUGGUAUUGGCUCUCCUCCAUUCGUGGCCCACUCGGGCCUAUACCACAGUGGAUGUGUGGCAGCGACCAGGGCCAAUAGUAGAGCAUCUGGAAGAAAGACUCCCAGAACCAGACCAAGGAUUAGGCAACAUCCCCUUUCGUGUGAGGGAUAGUGUGGCAAGUUUGUUGGCACGUAAUGGGUGCGUAUGUGAGGGUGAGAGUGGAGGAGUAAACCUGCCCUUCGCCCAACUCUUAUUCCCACGGGUGUCAGCUCACCCGCUGCACACUGCCUUUGAGGCUUCCGAGCUGGAGGAAAUGAAGAGGAGACGGGCCAAAGAGUACAAGAGUUUCCAGAAGAGGUCACAGACGCCUGCAGAUGUCCUCAUUGUUGCAGAGGCUAACAAUCCCUUACAGUAUCCAACACAGGGAGUGGAGGUACGGCCCCUGAAAACAAUCAUCAUCCCAGGCUUGGCAUUACACAACCUUCCCAGAGACCAUUACUCAAUAAACAUCACUGCCACACUGGGAACGCUGAACGUGGCAGCAGAGGUAGACGGGGUGAAAAUCAAAGGUGACGGUGAAAUGCACAUGUCUCUGUCUAGCAGCCUCCUGCCGAACUUGAACCGACAGCUGCAGUUUGUCACCUACACAAACACCCUGUUUCACCCCAGCACAGCUGACACAGUGCAGUUUGAGACAGAGGGCCAUCAAGCUGUCUUCAAUAUCAAGAUCCGUCACGGUGUGACACCCAAACUGUACAACACUGGAUCCAAAGGAGAAUACAAUAUCAGCGCCCUCGUUACCAUAGCUACGAAGACUUUUCUGCGUUAUGAUAAGCUUCAAGAUCUUAUCGACAGCGUCAGAAGAUACUACCCUACUGUCACCAUAGUAAUUGCUGAUGACAGUGAAAAUCCCAAAACCAUCUCCGGGCCUUACAUUGAACACUACAUCAUGCCUUUUGGAAAGGGUUGGUUCGCCGGACGAAACCUGGCCGUUUCCCAGGUGACCACAAAGUACGUACUGUGGGUGGAUGACGACUUCAUCUUCACAGCCAGCACAAAGCUGGAGAAGCUUGUGGAUGUUUUAGAGAGGACCACUCUGGAUCUGGUGGGCGGUGCAGUGCGGGAAGCCACAGGGUAUACCUCCACCUACAGACAGACCAUCUCCAUUGAGCCAGGGGAGGAGGAUGGUGACUGUUUACACAUGAGGAGAGGAUUUCAUCAUGUCAUACAAGGCUUCCCCAACUGUGUUGUCACUGACGGGGUCAUCAACUUCUUUCUGGCUCGCACCGACAAAGUCCAGCAGGUCGGUUUUGACCCGCGCCUCGCCAGGGUAGCUCAUCUGGAGUUUUUCAUUGACGGCCUGGGUUCUCUCCACGUCGGCUCUUGUGAUGAUGUCAUUGUCAAUCAUGCAACCAAAAUCAAACUUCCCUGGGUCAGGCAAUCAGAGAGCGACAAGACUUAUGCCAAGUUUCGCUACCCACCAGCCUCCUCUGACGCCACACAUACGAAAAAUGGCCUCCUGUUCUUCAAGAACCGAUUUCAGUGUUUGACUCAUAAUUAGCCCCCCCUUCUCCUCUUUAUCCUAAUGUUCCAAUGCUCUUCCUCAGUUGCCAAAGAAGUUCUCCUCCACUGCAUCUCGUCAGAUAAGAUUUCAGAUAAACACUUUCGUUUGCCUUUCCUUGAAAACCUUGAAACGGUUUUUAGGCUUCAACGUAGAGAAAAUGUGCCAUUAGAUCGGUUUUACAGUGAUUAUUCUGUCAGUGCACAGACAUGCAGGGAGCUAACAAGUCUUUUUACACUGUAUAUAUCCAUGAGGCUGGCAUAAAAGUUCAGGCACUCCUCUAGAGUGGAAACAGUAGAAAGUCAGCUGCUGUAACAGACAUUUUGCUUGUUUACACAGUUAAAUCACUGCAUAAUCUUGAUUGAUUCAAGGUUAGAAACAGAUUCUGGUUUGUGUUUGUCAAAUCUUAUCUGGCUUUACAUCCUUAAGUUGUUCUAACACAGCGACCAAGCUUGGGAAAGCCCAACAGGUAGCAUCUGAGUCAUUUCAUUGUCAUUCUGUUAUUAUGUGAGUAGAGGUACGUGUCCUCCUUCAACUCGCACAAUCCAAAAAAAAAAAUACAAUACUGGGCUUUGAACAGCAAUAGUGACUCAGUGAGUGUCUGAGAAUGAGGACUCACAGUUAGCAAGGACAAAGGGACACUUCCCAGAAAGUGACAAUCCUGUAGACACAGCGCACAUCAUUUUACCACAUUUUGCCACAUGAGGAACGCACUCAGACCUUUUCUCCAUGACUGGUUGUGCCAAAGGUGUAGCUGCUUUGGGGUGUUUUUAAUUGGUUUGUGUUAUGGUUUUGCAACCCCCUCCCCCUUACCCAGAGUCCUUUGUGUCAUUUGUGAGCGAUUAAUCACGUCUUAGGAGGAGAAACUUUUGGUCCCACCCGUUUGGAGUCAGACCUGGUGUUACCUGAUUCUGGGAGCAGCCUUGUUUCUGCUCUCUGUCACUCUCCGGUUUCUUCUACAAGCAUCAAAAGAAGAGGAGGGUUUCUGUCCAAUAACAGUGAAAGUGACUGCAUCUUUACACGCUGCCUAAAAGAAAAGUUGGAUGAACCAAAGUGCAUGUUUACUUUCCGUCAAUAUAGAACAGGAAAUGGGUGAGGCUGUGGGGGAUUAUAUAGCAUUUUGGAAACACAAUAUGAAUAGUCAGUGCAUGAGAGGAAAACUGUGAGUGACACCUAGUGAGACCAAGUCAAUGAAACAAGACUGUGAAACACCAAGGCUUGAAAAUCCUGUUUUUAUACUAACCGCUCCUCUUUGGAGAGUUAAUGUAUGUCAAAGACUGUGAUACACUCAUGCCUGAAGUGAUGAUGCUGUUCUUUUAUACCAUGGCCUUUAGAUGGCACCCUUGUACCACACUAUUGUUUCCUAAUGAGUCAAAUUAGUUUUUAAUAGUCAUUUGUUAUUAGCAAAGAGGUGCCAGAGAUUUAUAAAAAAAAAAACGUGUUUUUUUUUUUAAUCUUGAGAUGAAUAUUUUAAAACUAUCUUGUGUGUGAUGUUUUUGUCUGUUAUUUAUUAUUGUUUUGUUUUGUUUUUUUCUUCACCAAAAUGUGACGUUACCUCUGUGGACAGGAACAAGAAACUAACUUCAUCAGUGAAACUAUUAUUAAA